CCGCUCCUCCGGGCCGCGUGGGGCGCUGUGGCGGAGGUCGCGGUGCGCCCCGGAAGUGGUUGCUGCGCGCCGGCGGGGGCUGCGCGGUGGGACACGUGCGGUCUCCGCGAUGAAGUUCGCGUACCGGUUUUCAAAUUUGCUGGGGACAGUCUAUCGGUGUGGAAACUUAAAUUUUACAUGUGAUGGAAAUUCAGUUAUCAGUCCUGUGGGAAAUAGAAUCACUGUAUUUGACCUUAAAAAAACUCUGUCCAGGGACGUUGCCUUAUUUCCUUUCCCUUCAGCGAGGAGCAAGGAUUAGUGAUGAGCUCUGGCCCCGGGGCUCCCGGGGACAGGAGCAACAAGUCCAACACUCUGCCCCUGGCCACGCGGUACAACAUCAAGUGUGUGGGGCUGUCCCCAGACGGCCGCCUCGCCAUCAUCGUCGAUGAAGGUGACGUCCUCAGCGCAGAGAUGAGACAGUGGUGCAGGGUGGUGACCGGUGGCACUGGCUGGGGGGUGGAUUUGGGCAUCAGGGUGACCAGAGGCCGACUCCAAGUCCUGCUGGGUCCCCACCCCUGUUGCUUCCACGUCUGGGGCCCUGGUGUGUAGGCGUGGGGGUGGGUGGACGUGCCUGGGCUCCUCCCUGCUGUGUGCCCUGGGCCUCAAAGGGGAGCGGGGCUGUGUGUGUUGGGUGGAUGGGGGCGCUUUCCAGAGCUGUGCUGCUACAGUGGGAACCGAACCUCCAUGCAUGUACGCUGUGUGGGGCGAAUGGCCAUUGCCACUCUCCCUCCCUUCCUGCAGGGGGGGACGCGCUGCUGGUCAGCCUGGGCUGCAGGGCCGUGCUGCACCACUUCCACUUCAAGGGCUCUGUGCACAGCGUCUCCUUCUCCCCUGAUGGCAGAAAAUUCGUCGUCACAAAAGGCAAUAUUGCUCAGAUGUACCACGCCCCUGGGAGGAAGCGAGAAUUCAAUGCGUUUGUCCUGGACAAAACCUACUUUGGGCCCUACGACGAGACCACAUGUAUCGACUGGACAGACGACUCUCGGUGCUUUGCGGUCGGGAGCAAAGACAUGUCUACGUGGGUGUUUGGGGCCGAGCGCUGGGACAACCUCAUCUACUACGCGCUGGGCGGACACAAGGACGCCAUCGUGGCCUGCUUCUUUGAAUGCAGUAGCUUGGACUUGUACACGCUCAGCCAGGACGGAGCCCUGUGUGUGUGGCAGUGUGACACCCCCCCUGAGGGCUUGCGGCUGAAAGCCCCCACAGGCUGGAAGGCGGACCUGCUGCAGAGGGAGGAGGACGAGGACGAGGGGGACGAGGGAGAGCGGGAGACCACCAUCCGAGGGAAAGCCACGCCGGCUGCGGGGGAGCAGCAGGGCAAAGUGAAGUACUCACGGCUGGCCAAGUACUUUUUCAAUAAAGAAGGUGACUUUAACAGUCUGACAGCUGCAGCGUAUCACAGGAAGAUCCACCUCCUGGUCACUGGUUUUGCUUCUGGAAUCUUCCACCUUCAUGAGCUCCCAGAGUUCAACCUGAUCCACUCCCUGAGUGUCUCGGAUCAGAGGAUCGAGUCCGUCACCAUCAACAGCUCUGGGGACUGGAUCGCCUUGGGCUGCUCAGGCCUGGGCCAGCUGCUGGUGUGGGAGUGGCAGAGCGAGUCCUACGUGCUCAAGCAGCAGGGCCACUUCAACAGCAUGGUGUCCCUGGCCUACUCCCCCGACGGGCAGUACAUCGUGACCGGCGGGGACGACGGCAAGGUCAAGGUCUGGAACACUCUCAGCGGUUUCUGCUUCAUCACUUUUACGGAGCACUCGAGCGGGGUCACGGGCGUGACCUUCACCACCACCGGCUACGUCAUUGUGACCUCUUCCAUGGACGGGACCGUGAGAGCAUUUGACCUUCACAGGUACCGGAACUUCCGCACCUUUACGUCCCCACGGCCCAGCCAGUUCUCCUGUGUGGCGGUGGACUCGAGCGGGGAGAUCGUUUCUGCCGGGGCCCAGGACUCCUUUGAGAUCUUCAUCUGGUCCAUGCAGACCGGCAGGCUGCUUGAGGUCUUGUCCGGCCACGAGGGGCCCAUCAGUGGUCUGUGCUUUAAUCCGAUGAAGUCGGUCCUGGCCAGCGCCUCCUGGGACAGGACAGUGCGGCUGUGGGACAUGGUGGACAGCUGGAGGACCACAGAGACGCUGGCGCUGACCUCUGACGCUCUGGCUGUGACCUUUCGUCCCGACGGUGCCGAGCUGGCUGUGGCCACGCUGAACUCGCAGAUCACCUUCUGGGACCCCGAGAAUGCCGUGCAGACAGGCUCCAUCGAGGGCAGGCACGACCUCAAGACGGGCAGGAAGGAGCUGGACAAGGUCACCGCCAAGCACUCGGCCAAGGGGAAGGCCUUUACCACUCUGUGCUACUCCGCCGAUGGUCAGAGUGUCCUGGCUGGAGGAAUGUCCAAGUUCGUGUGCAUCUACCAUGUCAGGGAGCAGAUUCUGAGGAAGAAGUUUGAGAUUUCUUGCAACUUGUCUCUGGAUGCCAUGGAGGAAUUUUUGAACCGAAGGAAAAUGACAGAGUUUGGCAACCUGGCACUAAUUGACCAAGACGCUGGGGAGGAGAAUGGAGUCGCAGUACCUUUGCCAGGAGUCAGGAAAGGUGACAUGAGCUCUCGUCACUUCAAACCUGAAAUCAGGGUGACUUCGCUCCACUUCUCUCCCACUGGACGCUGCUGGGCGGCCACCAGCACCGAGGGCCUCCUCAUCUACUCCCUGGAUGCCCAGCUGCUCUUUGACCCCUUCGAGCUGGACACCAGCGUCACCCCUGGGCGGGUCCGUGCAGCCCUGCGCCAGCGGGACUUUACCAGGGCGCUGCUCAUGGCUUUCCGGCUGAACGAGAGGAAGCUGCUGCAGGAGGCCCUGGAGUCGGUGCCCCCGGACGAGAUCGAAGUUGUCUGCUCUUCCCUCCCUGACGUGUACGUGGACAAAGUGCUUGAGUUUUUGGCUUCGUCCUUUGAAGUGUCUCGCCACCUGGAAUUCUACCUUCUGUGGACUCAGAAACUGCUCAUGCUGCACGGGCAGAAGCUGAAGGCCAGGGUGGGGAAGCUGCUGCCGGCCGUUCAGUUCCUGCAGAAGAGCAUCCAGCAGCACUUGGACGCCGUCUCCAAACUCUGUGACUGGAACCGCUACAACGUGCAGUACGCUCUGGCAAUGUCCAAGCAGCGGGGCGUGAAGCGCCCCUCGGAACCGCCGCAGAGUGAGGAGGAGGAGGAGGGAGACGACGACAGUGACAGUCUGCACCUGCUUGGGGCAGGACACGGGGUCGGGGACGGGGCCGGGGCCGGGGACGGGGCUGGGCUGCUGCUAUAGAGCUGGCUGCGUUGCAGUGCCACUCGUUUCGGUGAAGACCCCAGAGGAGAUGGAACCACGGCUACCUGGGCCAAUCCGGAGAGCUCUGGAACCACUGUCACCGAGGACUUGCUCUUCCUGUAAGGACCAAACGCGGGGGCAGCGCCAUGGACAGCGAGCUGACUGGUCCAGGACAGCACGGGCUUGGCUCGUGGCCAGGACCCCACCGUGUGAAUAAAAUGCUGAGCAUGUGCUUUUGAGAACACCUUUCAGAGAGGCAGAUGGCUUCCUAUUUAUAGACUCAAACUUUGUAUGAAAGUUUUUAUAUUUUUAAUAUAAAGUUUUCAUGAUAAAACUGAAAAA